AAUAUAAAACAAAAGUUAACAAUAAUACAAUCCCAAGGUACCGACUUCUAGGAGCAUAUAUAGAUGUUGAAAUCCAAGCCACACACUUUAUUAUACACUGACAUAGAAUCUUCAUCAACUAUACUUUCACAAAUAUAUAUACAGAAGGCUAUACAGGAACCAAACAUCUGACCUCCAACCCAACUCUCUCUCUCUGCUCUCCAACAUCUGAGCUCCAAGCACAUGGAAGGAGGUCAUGGAUACAAAAAAGGGCUGUGGUCAGAAGAAGAUAGAAUUCUCAAGGAGUACGUAAGAGUGCAUGGAAAAGGAAAGUGGAAUUCUGUUGCCAAAAUGACAGGUUUGAAGAGGGGUGGGAAGAGUUGCAGGUUAAGGUGGAUGAAUUAUCUAAGUCCUUGUGUAAAGCGUGAGCAAUUUUCGGAGGAAGAAAAUGACCUCAUCAUUCGGCUUCAUAAUCUCCUAGGAAACAGGUGGUCUUUAAUUGCCGGACGUGUGCCUGGACGAACUGAUAAUCAAGUGAACCAGUGGAACACUCAUUUGAGCAAGAAGCUUGGGGUGAAGAAGACGAAAACCAAGGUUGGAGCUUCUUCGCGAGCAGCCUCAAAAGUAGGGAAUGAGUAUAGUACUAUUCCAAUGAACAUGACAAAUUCUAAGUCACGUUGUGAUGACGAUAAUGGCAGAGCUGAUCAAGACCAAAAUGUCAUUACUGAAAAAGGCAGUGAGAGCGCGGUUAGGUUCUUUGAAUUAGAAGAGCCAAAGAUUAAUAAUGCAGGUUAUAACGAGAGUUCUUUGUGGUUUUCUAGUGAUGAUUUUAGUCUAAACACCCCUAGCUUGAUUGAACUCUGGGACCAUUGUGCUCCUGAUUUUGUUUGGCAUGGCUUGUAAACUUAUUUAAUCUUGGACUUCAAAAAUAUAAAUAAAACAACUUGUCCAUGGUUAUGACAUAUAUGAAGCAAGAAUGAUACUAUUCAUAGCCUUUCUGAUCCUCUAAA